GGUCGUUCAGAAUGUCCGACUAAUGAUUGGCUCUCUGCAACCACGUGCUACCCAUUUUGGAAUCUGAUUAGUGGAGACGCCUAAUGGUCGACUUGCCCACAUGUACGUCGACUCUGGACCUGGUUAGGUCUUUCCCGUACUUCCUUGUGAAUCUGUGCGUUUUAUUAAACUGAAUUUUUACUUCCUAACUUGACAAAAAAGCUCACCGCGGCGCGGUUUGGACUUUUCGGACGGCUGCAUCGUCUGCAUUUUUCUGCUCCAUCCAAUUCGAGUUGAAUCGAGGCGCCCGCUGGCCCGCGGUCGCGCCGGGAAAGGAACCGGCGCCUGUGGGCAGAAAAAGCAGUCGCCAGCUCGUCGUUUGAAGGAUGACGACGACGCCGAACGCACCCGCGGACCUUCCGGCAUCAGAAUUGACGGAAAGUGCGACAUCGUCGUCUUUGGGCGGGAUUGAGGCGCCACUGAUCUCCUCUCCAGAGCCUCUGCCUCGCCCUCCUCCGCCGCCGCCUCCGCCACCCCCUCCUCUCCCCCGUCUCCCCCCCCAGCCGUCGUCGUUCCAGCGCCGCUCCAUGAAAAAGUUCUACUGGGAUGCCAUCCCCAGCCAGCGCGUCCUGGGCCGGGUUAACGUGUGGACCUCGGAGUUGCCCCCCCGCGAACUGGUGCUGGACACGCUCAGCAUGGACGAGCUCUUCGGCCGUGUGGACCACCGUCCGGCCGGCGUCGGGAGGCGGAGGGCCCGUGGCACGUGCGAGGUCGGCCCGCACGAGCCUCAGGUGGGCGUCCUGGACUCCAGAAAGAGCAUGAACAUCGGCAUCCUUCUCAAAUGUUUUAAAAGGCCGGCGGCGGAAAUGGUGGACGACAUUGUCCGGGGCGACUGGCGCGGCUUCGGCGACGGGAAACUGUCGGAGCUCUGCAAGCUGCUGCCCGACCAAAGCGAGGUGGAGCGGCUGCUGUCGUACGACGGAAACCCGUUGCUCUUGCCGGAAGCCGAUCGCUUCAUGGUGCAGCUGGUCAAAGUGCCGCACUACGAGGAGCUGCUGAAGGUGAUGGUCCUGCGCCAGGAGUUCUCGCCGCUCCUGGACGACGUCAACAGGUCGCUGAACAUCAUGAUCAAGGCGGCGAACGAGCUGCUGGACUGCGACGACCUUCACUCCGUCAUCCGCCUGGUGUUGAAAGCCGGGAAUUACAUGAACGCUCAGGGCGGCCACAGCGCCGACGCCAUCGGCUUCAGGAUGGCCUCGCUGCUCAAGAUGGCCGACACCAAGGCCAACAAGCCUGGCAUGAACCUCAUGCACUACGUCGCCAAGCAGCAAGCGGAUGACAUCGACGCCGACCUGCUGACUUUUCCCGGCUACCUGGAGCACAUCGGAGCGGCUGCCAGAAUCUGCAAAGAGGAUGUGGUGGCUGACUUGGAGCGACAGGUGGAGAAGCUCAACCAGGUCAAAUUGCACGCCGCCGCACAUUCUGACCUCCGCCAGCAGAUGGAGCCCUUUCUUGAGGCAUGCGAAGCUCAGCUCUGCGACGCCAACUCGUUGCUGCGUGAGCUGGAGGUGCUGAGCUGCGCCGUGGCGGAAUUUUUCUGCGAGGACCCGAGAAACUUCGAGCUGGCCGGCUGCUGCUCCAUCUUCCACUCCUUCUGCCGACGCUUUGAGACCGCCGUCCAGGAGAAUCGUAAGCGCGAGGCGGCCGAGCAGCGUCUGAAGCGCAAGGAGAGCUUCCGGCAGACCGCGAAACGCGGACCCGCGACUCCUGUCCCAGAAUCGGGCCUGGAGUCCGCUUUGCACAGGCUCCUGUCCGCCGCCCCCGAGGGACCCUCCGCCGGCAGAUCCCGGAAGAACACGCAACCGCUGACCCCGGGGCCUCCGGUGGAGAGUCCCGAAAAGAAGCAAGCCAAACGCGAGGAGGUCCGGGAAGGCCCGUCCACGCCGUGCACCCCCCGGCCCAGAACCCGAGACGUUUUCUCCGACUACAACGGCGACGGGGGCUCGCCGUGGACCGUCCUGAGCCCGCUGACGUGCUCCCGGCGGCGGCGCCCUCAGCGAGGCGGCGCGUCCGACGCCAACGACCCAGACGACGGCGUGUGGGAAAGCGCGUUCCGAGGUCCUCGGGGGCGCUCGGCGUCCGUGGACUCCACGCGCCAGACGCCGCUGCCCGCCACGGCCGCCGCCUCCCGGCUGAGGACUUUGUUCCAGAGGGCGGCCCCCCAGCGCUCGUACUCCUCCGGCUCCGGGACGGACACUGUCAGGAAUCCGGCCGCCUCCUUCCACUUCAUUUCCUUCUUCCGACGCUUCGGAGGCAAAAAGGAGGCGCGGCAGCCCGACGUGAGACCGACGGACCUCGAACAAGAUUGAAUCCUGACAUUUUGUUUGUUCAUUUUUUUUUUUUUUUUGCCCCCCCCCCACCCCCCCCAUUUAAAAGAGGGGAAAAAAAAAAAACAAGACAACUGGGAACUUGUCUUGGAUCAUUUUGAAUUUUGGGAGUCAGUGAGCACUUAAAAAUC